AUGGAGUUCACGCUGCUUUGUAACCUCGGAGGUCCGCGCAAUGCCAGCGUUUCUUUGCGGCUCCGACUACUGCAUGUGUGGUCGGCGAAGUCUCCAGGGGACACUAGGAUCUACAAUUACUAUACUCUUUGGGUCGACGAAACGGGUAUGCUGAUACAGGGCGUCUCGCCAACUUCAAUGGCUGCUGGGAUUCGUCGUAAUCUCUCGGUUGGCAAGAUAUAUGUCAUAAAGUCUUUUGCCCUGAGCAAUCCGCCGAAUCAGUAUCGGUCAUGUUCCUUUGAUUUGGCUUUGGGUCUUUCGCCUUCGACUUCUUUUCAGCCCUGUGUUCUUCCUGCUGAAAGUUUCCCACUUGAUGCUUACGAGUUUGUGGCUUUCUCUCAAUUGAAUAUGCGUGCCGGUAACCAUCAUUAUUUGACAGAUGUCGUUGGCCGACUCAGUUCGAUCAGCGGGAUAUCGCACAAGAUCACAAAUAACGGGCCUACAGUCAAGCAGACGGUUAUAGUUGAGGAUGAAAGUGGAGCGAAGGUCUCGAUUACGCUCUGGGAUGAGUUUUCUGCGGUGUUGGAUCAUGUUGCUCUCACUCAGGCGGACUCGAUUGAAGCUGUGAUUUUGGCAUUUGGCGGCUUGCUGGUUAAUAAGAUGGGAGUCAAUCCUCCUGUACCAAAGGCUUAUUUUCUGGCAUCUAGGUUUGCUGAGAAACAUGAGGUUGUUGAAUCCUUGCCGGUUGAGUUUGCUACUGCUGCUGAUGCUACAGCUAAUGCAGAUCAUCAAACCAGGACUUUGAGCCAGCUGCUGGCGUUAUCCAGAACAAAUUCCUCACUGGAAGAGAAGUACCGCCGUGGUGGAGUGAUUGUUGAUGUCGAGUCAAGCACACCUUGGUAUUAUAUUUCAUGCAAGUUAUGUUCGAGGGCUGUUUCGAAGCGUCGUGAUGAUACGUUUUGGUGUCCAAAGGAUUGGCAGUUGGACGAGGAACAAACUCGCGUCAACUACAAGCUCCAGCUUACACUGAGGGAUGACUCCUAA